CUACUGGUUCUUGCAUCUGAUACAAUCUAUACUUCUUCGCUAUGAUUCUUUUUGUGCUGUUAGCGUCCAGCGCAUCGGUGCGAGCCUUCUGGUGGUCUAGCCCAUCGAAUGAUCCACCGGUGGCCAGCAAACAGGUGCAGUACGUCCGUGCUUUUACCUACCAACCGGUGGCGUUUCCAGCGCACUCUCUCCUGACACCGCCAGCGCCGUACAAAUUCAUCCAGGCCAGUCCGGCGGCCAUUAUACCGACGGCCAAACAGAUCAACCCGGUACAGCCCACCGGCCAGCAGCCCGUCCAGCCGGUACAGCAGCAGAGCAGCAGUAGUCCGUUCAGUAGCUUCUUCGGCAGUGCUUUCGGAGGGUUUGGCCAACCCGGUAGCAGUAACUCCGUCUUGGGAGUUGAUCGAUCGAACUCCAUCUCUUCAGUGCCAUCGUACCAACAGCAGCAGCAACAGCAGCAGCAGAUGCACCAGCAGCAACAACAUCAGCAACAAUUACAGCAAGCCCAACAGCAACAGCAGCAGCAUGAAAUGCCGAGCGGAAACCAAGGAGUUCCUCCGGCGGCCGCCUUCUACCAGGGCCAGCAGCACCCGAGCAAAUAUCCGUACUUCACGAUGGACCAGGUGCAGUACCUGUCCGGGCUGCCUUCCAACACACCGCAGACACCGCAGGUCCAGUUUGUGCCCUGCAUGUGCCCGAUCGCAGUCAACGUGCAGAGCAACCAUGCGGAGCUCGCCGACAAGCGGUUAGACGAAACGACCACGACCGACGCGGAAGUGGUCGUGCCGAGCGGUGAAAGUGAAAAGUGA